UCCGGUUUAUUUACAUUCAUUACGAAUCCUGUUUGUUUUGAAACCAUAUUUAUUUUGGUUUUCGCUUCUCAAUGAAUGUAACUGAUAAUAAUUUAACUCAUACCAAGCGUACACGUGGCACUGAGUAUUAUUAUUUAACAAGUAGCGGGCCAAUAGCAGAAGCAGUGUUUAUAACCUCCAUCUAGUUUAAAUCAAAUGCAGCAUGCAAGAAGUAGCAGUCUUCGUUUGUAGUUUUUGCAAAGAUACGUUCGAUUGUAAAGAUGAUAUUGCAUGCCAUAUACUAAAUACUCACAACAGUAAUAAAACUGUAAAAAGGUUACGCGACCAACUAACAAAACUAAACACUAAGAAGCCAUCUAAGCUAAAAUCUAGAAAACAAGAUAAACCUUUGUCUAGUCAACCACCUAAGGUAAGGAACCUGGGAAAAGAAUUUUACUGUGAUAUUUGCAACUACAAAACAGUCCAUCGGUCUACAUACAAGAGACAUUUGCUCAAACAUGAAAAAGAUGGAAGACAACACAAAUGCACAUAUUGUUCCUACUCAGCAGUACAGCCACAUAAUCUAAAAGUUCACCUGAAAACUGUACAUCCAUUUGGUGCUGUAGAACCCGUUAUUAUUGAUAAAAGUAAAGUUGAUACUUCAUGGAUCUACCCAUAA